GGGGCCCAGAGAGCGGAGCCCCGCCGCGCUGGACAGCCGACGACGCAGCGGACAGCGAGGCUGUCCGCACACCACCGACGAAACAUCACGCGUCGGGCGCCUGUCUUCCAGCAAGGUGCCACUGGCCGUGUGUGGCGGCCGCGGUGGCCACCAUGAGCGAGCGGCCGGUGGUGGGCAACGCGGCUCACGGCGGCCGCAAGCCCUGCUCGCGUAUCCGCUUCUACAACCUCGGCUACUUCUUCUCCCUCAGCGGACUCAUGGCUCUCUGCGAAAUAAUCCUGGGAAUGGCGAUCUAUGCGCUUCUCUGGGACUCGGCCAACGAACUGGACAAGUUCCUCGUGACCGUGGCCUUCCUGCAGUGGAUGACCGGCCUCUACAUACACGCCACGAUCGCCUUCUGCGCAACGGGCGCCCGGAUACGCGGCCUGCUGCUGUACUUGCUGCACCAUGGUGUCGGAGCCAUCUUGUACCUGGGCGGCGCUGUUACAACCUUGGUCAGCUCCAUGUACACGCAGACCGAUGACAUCAUUCGAACGGCAAGUACAGACAGCCAGGAGCAAGUUGGCCUGCCAAACAGGGUGCGUCAAAUCAACCUUCACAUACCAGGUUAA